UAUUUCUGACAACUCGUUGAUUGCUUUCAGUUUGUUGUACUUUCAUAUAAUUAUACUAUAAAUUUUGGCUAUUUAUUUGAUUUUUUUGGAAAUUUGUUAAUCAUAAAUAAGUUCCUGGUACAUUUAAUACCUUUGGACGAUAUUUCCUAACAGCCGAAAAAAUAUGCUUUCGUUGGAACGUAUCCCUGACCAAAUUGGACAUUUGAUUUUGACAGAGGAUGGUGCUGUAUUAACGUCUGGAGGUGAACUAGAAAAUGAUGAAAGGUUUGCAAACAUUGUUGUAGGUUUAGUCACAUUAACUAAUAAAAUCGACCCCAAAGGAUUUCCUAACAAUGAGGCAUUUGAUACAAUAUCAAUAAUAUAUCCAGAUCAUUGUUAUGUUAUUUGUCUCUCAAACAAAAAGAUUCAUGUAGUAAAAAAAAGAUUAAUAUCCUCGACAACUGCGAUUGUAGAACAACCCCUCAUCGAAGUAUGAAUAAAUAUUACC